AUGGAUAAUAAAAGUACAUGCGUUUCAAUAGGGAAGUUUCCUCUCGAUUAUACCGAGGAACAGGUGUUAGAGAUAGCGCGAUCAGUAGGUCCUGUUCUUGAUGUUAAGUUAUUAUUUGACGAGAUGACUGGAAAAUCCAAAGGUUAUGCAAUAGUAAAUUAUGGUGAUGUUGAGACAGCGGGAUCUGCGGUACGAAACCUCAAUUACAUGACAUUGCCAAAUGGGAGGUUUCUAAAGUGUUCAAUGGUAAGUGGCUAUAACACAGAAGAAGAAUCUGCGGUGAAACUACCGCCAUUACCCUUGGGAGUGCAAAUACACCCUAAUCAGAAUGCAUCACAGGUCAUCUCGAGUUUGCUUUCCAACAUUGACUCAAAUUCGGCAUUACAGAUCUUAAAGGAAAUAAAAACCAUGAGCAUAGAGAACCCCAAAGGUGCACAGUUGCUUCUUGAGAGGUUCCCCCAACUUGCAUUAGCUCUAGUUGAGCUUGGCUUGAUCACCAACACAACGAACCAAGAACUAAUAGAAAUGACCUUGAACAAACGCACGAUAGAGUUGAAGAAUUUAUCUAUUGAUCACGUCAACUUGUUGCAAUCAGUGUAUGCAUUAUCAGAUGAUGAACUAAAAGACUUGGAUGAAGAUCAGCAGCAAGUAGUGAAAAAAGUAAAAAAGGAAAUCGAAAAGGGCUCAUAUGGCGAUAUUCUUGAAAAGUAA